AUGGUCAAAAGCAGUAAUGUGGCUGUUCAUAGCCAUAUCAAGUCACUUGGACUAGACGAGCAUGGGAUUCCUAUCAAGGUUGCGAAUGCGGUUGUUGGUAACGACAACGCAAGAGAGGCUGCUGGCUUAAUUGUUGAUAUGGUGAAGUCAAGGAAAAUGGCUGGAAAAGCAGUUCUGAUAUCUGGUCCGAUUGGCUGUGGAAAAACUGCACUUGCUGUUGGAAUCAGCUGCGAGCUUGGGCCAGAAACACCAUUUACCACCAUGAGCGGAAGCGAGAUGUAUUCGAGUGAGAUAAAAAAAACUGAGGUUUUGCAGGAAGCACUGAGAAGAUCGAUUCUGGUGAAAAUCAGGGAACUGAAGGAUAUAUACGAAGGCGAGAUUGUUGAACUAAAGAUUGUUGACGAAGACAAUCCUCUGUGCUCGUAUUCCAAGAAGGUCAAGGAAAUGUUCAUCACCUUGAAAACAACAAAAGAAUCUAAAAGACUAAAGCUUUCUCCAAUGCUUCAUGAGCAGAUAGACAAACAGAAAAUAAUCAGUGGAGAUGUUGUGUACAUCGAGAUGUCAUCUGGAAUCAUCAAAAAGCUUGGAAGAAGCGAAGCACAUAUGAACGACUUUGAUCUGGAGGCUGAUGCUUAUGUGCCGAUUCCAAAAGGCGAGGUUCAGAAGAGAAAAGAGGUUAUUCAGUCUGUAACACUUCACGACCUUGAUAUGGCAAAUGCUAAGCCUUCUGGACAAGACAUGCUCUCUCUUGUAUUUCGAAUCCUCAAUCCAAAGAAAAGUGAAAUAACAGACAGACUCCGUGGAGAUGUCAACAGAAUGGUAAAUGAAUACAUGGAGAGGGGGAAUGCAGAUGUAAUCCCCGGUGUUUUGUUUAUUGACGAGGUUCAUAUGCUUGAUAUUGAAUGCUUUACAUUUCUACACAAGGUGCUUGAAUCGCCCCUCAGCCCAACAAUUAUUUUUGCAUCCAAUAAGGGAGACGAGUUGAUCAGAGGAAGUGACGGGGUUGCUGGAUGCUUUGGAAUAACAAAGGAUUUGCUUGACAGAGUGGUUGUCAUAAAUAUCAGCGGAAAUGAUGCAGAGUCAAAUAAGGAAAUACUGCGAAUGAGAAUGAAUGAAGAAGGACUUGAAAUGGAUGAAAAUGCAUUUGAUGUAUUUGCAAAGCUCAGUGUUUCAAGAAGUUUGAGAUAUUGCACAAGCCUUGUUCCACUUCUGAAGACUUAUGGGAAAGUUAUUGCAGUUGAAGAUGUGGAAGAGAUAAGCACGCUUUUCCAAGAUGAUUGA